UGCAGUGCUUGAGUGUGUGUGCUAGAGUGCGAGUGUGUGUCAAGAGUAGAGAUGGAGGGGUGGCUGCAGUCAGGGUGCACCCCUCCCUUUUAUGGGCUGUAUAAAAUAGAUGGGGGGAAUGCACCUUUGCCACUUUGCCAAGAAAGGACACAACUCUACGUUUGCAGGAUCUAAAGACUCUUCUUGGAUCUCCUGAUAGGUUCUGGGAAAGAGAGACUCUUUUUUGCUGGAUCUACUCCCUUUGGAGGACUAAAGCAGUUGGGGGGGAAAAAAAGAAGGACACUGCAAUAUCAGUGGAUCCAGGAAUCAGAACCAGAGGAAGUUUCCAAGCUUUUGGGAAAUUAUCAAAACUGCUGCCUGACCAUGAAGGUUUUUAACUUGUUUUACCUGCUACUGCUGCUUACAGCUCUAGUAGCACCUGCGUUUGCAGCCAGACCAGAUUUCUUGAAUCUGCGGAGGAAAUACCACCGACACCACUGUCCACACAGACGGUGCAUGCCUCUUCACUCAAGGGUCCCUUUCCCCUGAGGAGGUGAAAACUCUCCUGAGGAGUGAGCUAUGGCUAUGAUUCCUGGCUGCGUGGGUUGAACACCCUGGAUGGAUCCCAGAGUCAAGACAGAUGGACACAAGAGGUGGAGAGAAAAACCUGGGAUUCCAUGAAAGCCCCACUCAAAGACUGCAAUGACUCUGGAAGGCAGCAAUGAGAACUUCAAAGCCAACCUCACAUCAAAUAGGACAGAGAACUGUCAAUCAGGACAAAGUUUAAACCAUGAAACAUUAUUACACCUCAGUGGUCACAGAUGUGAGAGCAUGGACUUGAAAGCUCCGCCCUCUAAUCACAUUUCAGAAGCAGGGGAGCGAGCCGCCGAGGGAGAAGAUUUAUAAAGAAUGUUCAGAGAUAAAAGCUGCAGACCAAAGAGCGCAAUGAAUCUUUUAACGUGUUUUUAAUGUAUGCACUUCAGCUGUUAUUUGAUUUACAUUUCAACCGUUUUUUAAUAAAAUUGUACAGGAGUAA